UAAGUGCUGAGGAGUGUACAAAACGUGUAAGUAUACUGGUUGUGUGCUUGUGUUAUCUAUAGACCAACUCUAGCACAGGGAACUAGGGCACAGGAUGGCUGUCCCACUAAGGUUGUGCCCCUUACUUUGUACUGCUAGUUGUCCCUUCCCGCAGGUAUACAAACACUGCGUAGUAUUUUCAACUUUAGAGGAUGUAGGUUUACAUUACCUAUGUACAGUAGAUGUGGAAUUGGGGGUUCUUGUCAUGGCCAAG